AUUCACAUACACUGCAACAGGAAAUAAGCUGGGAUACAUUUAGAAUGUUUACGUUUAAAAUUGUGUAAAGGGUCUAAAUAUUGUAUAUUUGUGACAUCACGAAUGGGCAGAAAUCCUGAGAGCUUGUUUCUAAAGCUCAGUUUCCGAAUACGGGCUGUGUGUAUUUCCCUGUGGAUUGAGUGUUUCGAUACUUUCACAGUAUUUAUAUAGGACUUUAGCCUGCUUUAUAAUACAAAAACAUGAAAAUCUCACUUUUUCAUAAUAUGGGACCUUUAAAUAUUUUUUUUUUAAUCAUUUGGGUUCAAUUCUAGUUGUAUUUAAUAUGUUUGUCAGUGUAAAGCUUAUGACAUACACAAACAAUCAGUUGUCCCCCCCUGCACCACUUCUUCAAGUCGAUGGCAUCCCCUCCUCGCAGCCACUUGGCAACGCGUGCGCAAAAGGAGGAAAAUGUGGAGAUGCCUCUGCGCCAACAUUACAAUAUCCCAAUCCUCCUGGAUAAUGUACGGACGCGUUAAUUGGACCCAGAAGUGACUGGACAUACGGAUUAAAAACACCAGGAUUGAAAUGAGUUCCAGCAGCAACAACAACAACAGCUCAGAGAAGCCACCAGGUGAGGAUGGAGAGCCACAUUUUGCGCUCCUCAGAGCUGGCAUCUUGGGUUUGGUUUUCUUCCUCGCAACAUGUGGCAAUCUCUUCUUCUUGGGCACACUGUGGAAGAAGCGCAAGAGGAACACGAAGAGGACCCAGCUGUUCCUUCUGCACCUGUGCUUGGCGGAUCUGGUGGUGGCUUUUUUCCAAGUCCUGCCGCAGUUUCUCAUGGAGAUUACGCACAGGUUCCGAGGCACGGACUUCCUGUGCCGCUCCGUGAAGUACCUGCAGGUGGUCGGGAUGUUCGCCUCCACCUACAUGAUAGUAGCCAUGACCAUAGACCGGUACCAUGCGGUGUGUAAACCCAUGGUUUCCUUCUUGAAGGGCUCGUUUAGGAGAUCCCUCUCCAUAGGCGCAGCAUGGAUCAUCUCUCUCGCCUUCAGCUCUCCUCAGAUCUCCAUCUUCUCCCUCCAGGAGGUGGAGGAGAACCGUUUCGACUGCUGGGCCACGUUUAUAGAGCCCUGGGGCAGCAGGAUCUACAUCACCUGGAUCAGCCUAUCGGUGUUUAUCCUGCCUGCGGUCAUCGUGCUCUAUUGCCAAAUAAGAAUCUGCACCACCAUCUACUUCAACAUGAAGAGGAAGGCUCUGCAGGCAGGGCGCGCGGGCACCAAGGGUGGGGGGGUGUCCAAUGCCAUGAUGAAGACUGUGAAGAUGACCUUUGUCAUUAUAAUGACUUAUACUGUGUGUUGGAGCCCAUUCUUUGUGGUCCAGUUGUGGUCUGUAUGGAGCCCCAGCAGUGCGCCUACCCAAGGUCCAAUGUUUGCCAUCAUCAUGCUGCUGGCCAGUCUCAACAGCUGCACCAACCCCUGGAUAUAUCUCUACUAUAGCUAG